CUACCACGUGACUGGCUGCCUAAGAAGGUCGUCUUGUCCGAUAUAUAAGGGGCUCUACCUGUCGUCGCCCUGGUCUUGGUUCCAUUACUUAAUUAAUAUAGUUUGAUCUACAGAUAUUACUCCCUGAGGAUUUCAAGCCCCUUCAAACUAUUUGAGUUCACCAUAGCAAUCGUGCAUGACUAUUUGCUAAGCUGGUCUUGAGAAUCAUGCCUCACGAGCAAUCAACAGAACCUACUAUCUUCCUCAUCCGACAUGGAGAGAAGCCCCCCAAAGUGGGCGGAAAAGACCAAGAGGGAUUGUCGGCCCAAGGCAAAAUCCGCGCAUUAGAGCUCCGUAUGGUCUUCGGAAAAGAGUCAGCCUAUGAUAUUGGAUAUAUUAUGGCGGAGGAACCUCACCGCGAGUCUCACUUGCGUCCUUACGAUACUAUGGAGCCAUUGGCUAAGGAGCUGAAUUUGAAGGUCCAUGACAGCGUCCAAAGGGAUCAGUACGAUAAGGUUGCAAGAAAAGCUUUGUCCUUUAAGGGUCCAGGGAAUGUACUGAUAUGCUGGGAGCACCACGCUCUUGCGGGUAUUGCCAAGGCGAUUGGCGUUCAGGGAUAUGCAGCAGCGACUGGUUGGACUGGGGAGGUUGAGUAUCCUGACAGCAUGUUCGAUUUAAUUUGGGUUGUCCCACCGCCGUAUACGGAGAUCACGGAGGUACGGAGUGAGAAAGUCCCUGUCUUGGACGACUCAGUCCAAACGAACGCCAGCGGGGAUGUUCUCCCUACUCUGGCCUCAGAAGGUAAUUGAGCACUGAGGCUAUGGAAAAUACUUUUUAUACGUGGUUAUUACACACCUUAUCAGGUAAAAACUGUAUAAUCCUAGGAUUUGGGCAUAAAACCUAAAAUGUAUUGACUUUUUUGCAUGAAAUUUUACUAUGUAAUCUUGAUCCUUUCUACUCUGUGGCCGGCGUUAGAAUUGCAUGAG